AUGGUCUUGAAGCAAUCGGAAGAGACUGCGCGAAUCGAGCAAGAACGGCAGGAUCGGGAAGCCAGGAAGAACCAGGCUGAUAUGGAAAAGGAAGCACUCGUCCCCGACCAAUUUACCGAAGAGGAGGCCACACAGUGCAUGUUCAUCGACAACAAUCGCUACCGCGUCCCCGAAACUCUGACAGCGGUCUUUUCGUAUGAGCCACCGGCCGACAACUUCACCGAGAACGAACAACACAUAUUCAUUGCUGCUUUUAAGGAAACACCAAAGAAAUGGGGCGAGAUUGCUUCGCUGUUGCCCGGCCGGACCUAUCAAGACUGCAUCCGUCACUACUACGCCAAUAAGUGGGAUGGUCGUUUCCAUGACAAUCGCGCAAGAAAGAUCAAGGGUGGAAGAAGGGGCAGAGGCGGAGCCCGUGGACCUCGUGGGCGCAUGGGAGGCCUGAUGGCCGAUCUUGCGCGCACCGAGGACUUCAUCGGCACCGAAAACAUGUCGGAGAAGGGCCGGCCGCGACGCGCUGCCGCACCGACAAAUUUCGGCGAAAAGGAAGUGGAGGCGAAGGCCAGCCUCCUUGGCGUGUCACCCGCGAAGAAGGCAGGCCCGGGGUCGAAGGGCGAUGCGAACGAGCAACCGGGACUAGACAAGCCAGGCAAGCGGCAGAAGCGCAACGGGGAGAAGCCAGGACGGAAGAGCAACAAAGCCAGCCAACCCCUGGCGGCGCUUGCUGCCGCACCGAACGAGUCGCCUGGAAAGCCGUUCGCACACCCAAUGCACUCGAAGGAAGAACUGGCCGAUGCCAGCGUUCUGGCUAACAUGCACACCGGUGCUCGUGGUAACAUGGGUGACGUGCGACUGGUGUACCACCAGGAAGGCUACAUGCAGCAAAUGAUGCCGCCAUUAGAAGAAGGAGACCGUUCCAAAGGCGGUGCGCCAGGCCCUGCUGUCAAACAGGGUGCCUCGAGUUACUGGUCGGUGCCUGAGCAAAACGAUUUCAAAAAGUACAUUGGUCACUUCGGUCGAGACUUUCAAGCCAUUGCGCUCCACAUGGGCACGAAGACGCAGACCAUGAUUAAGAAUCAUUAUCAACGUCAAGUGGACGGUGGGAAUCAACCAGAGCUGGAGCGGGCUGCGAUCGAAGCGGACGAGCGCAGAGCUCGCGGCGAAGACAUGGGUCCUCCACCGACGCCGACCCCCAUACAGAAGCGUAAAUACGAGGGCUCUGCCGUGCCGUCUCAUCGACCUCUUGCGCCGCAUGCUGAUGACGGCGAGAUGGAAGAGGGCGGAUCGUCGCAGCGCUUGACCACGGCCAAGCACGCUUCGCCGCCGCAGUAUCAGGGUCAGCCGCGCUUCACCACUUCCACUCAGAAUGCAUCCAUCACAGCUGCUCGGUUCGCGCCAAGUCCUCUGUCGACUUCUGCCGCGCUGUCGGCGCCUAUGCCUUCUGCUUCCCACUCCCGACCUAUGCAGCACCCGCUUGGGUCCCGAAUAUCAUUCUUGCCGGAGAGUCGCCCCGAGGCAGGAGUCGGGGCACAGAAUGUCUUUGGAUAUCGCGGUGCGCAGGAGAGUCCUUCACGUACUCAGCCAUCCCAGCCGGGCCGACCGGUCAAAGACGCCACCGAUUCUUCGUUCAUUCGUAACCUUGUCCAGGAACGCGACCGGGCUCUGCAGAUGCAAGAACGGCAUGGCCACGCAGAACGCCCGGACCAGUUCCAGCUGCAUCCCUCGAUGUCUCGGUCCCAAACGCAGGGUCCACCUGCCACUCAGACUCUGCACAAUCACCCGGACCGGAAAGCAGCAGGCUUGGAAGAGCGUGCGUCGUCUCCACCGAGGACACUCUUCUCCCAGUCGGGCCUCUCUCGCCCUCUGUUUGGACCAUCCGGCUUUGGCCCGUUUUCAUCAAACCCGCUAUCCUCCAUAACCGGGCGGCGCUUUUUCACCCGCGCCACCUGCCCCAACGCCAGCUGCAGCUGCUCCACCGUCCGAGCCCAAAAGAUCGAACGUGCUCUCGCUGUUGAACUCGGAACCCGAGGGCCCGGCGCCCCCAAAGCGAGACUCCCUUACCCCGGCAACGCAGAAAGCGCCGUCACCAGCGCAGCAAGGAUUCUCCACUUCCAGCACGGUGGCAGGACUGUCUGA